AUGCCAGCGCAAGAUAAUCAUGAGAUAAAAGACUUCAAUGUGGAUUUCUCACAAAUCAAAUUUGCGACAAAACAACAACCCAGUGAUUUGAUUUUUAUUGGUUCGGAUUUUUUUGAUGAUCAGCAAUGUUAUUUGAAGGGUUUACCCUCUCGUGAAAGUUCUUGGUUUGCUCUGAUCGAUUUGAGGAGCCAUUGCUCAUCUCUCGAUGUCAUCUUUAGUGUCCUCAAAUCAGCUCGGUUGAUCAAUGGGACUCUAUUAAAGGGUGUUCUCUUUUAUGUCGACGAGAUUCCUGGUGCUCCAAGUCUCAAUGGUCUUGGUAACAGAUCUGAGCUGCACUCGGCGCCUUUAUAUGCAUUUCUCUUGCCUCGGGAUGCUGCUCCUUUAUCGGUGCGACGAUGCUCUGACACUUCUGACACAACCACCGCCUGUACAGUUGCGAUUUCCGCAUCUCCUGAGGGCUCAUCACCAAGAUCGCGCCUCUGGAUCCACCGAGCACCAGCAACUCCUUCACCACCACCUCUAUCCCCGUCGUUUCCGCGCCAUCGCAUUCACGUUUCCUCACCGGAUCAUUAUAGCAAUCAGUCGUCCACCGAUAGUGCUGUCGGUAGCAAUAGUGGAAAGGGAGGCAGUAGUGGGAGUGGAGGAGUGAUAAAUGUGGAGGAUGCCUUUCUCAAUCGCUCCUCUGUCCUUUUUGUUGCCGUCUCUUUUAUCCUCCUCAUGUUCAUCUCUCUUGCUUGGCUUGUUUUCUACUAUGUCCAGCGAUUUCGCUACCUCCACAGCAAGGAGCGCGCCUCGCGUCGAUUAGCUGAACUAGCUCGCAAGGCCGUGGCGCGAAUCCCGUUAAAGUUGCUGCAGGCUGGUGAUAAGGAAAUCGGUGUCAAUGGGGAACACUGCGCUAUUUGCAUUGAACCCUAUCGACCCUUCGAUAACAUUCGGAUUCUCCCUUGCAGGCAAGAUGCUGCUUUCGGUGACGAGCCAGGGUUUGCAAAGAAAUUAAGCAAAUUGAACGCAAUCUUAGAUUGUUGUUUGUCACCAAAUAAUCUGCCUCUGGGACGGAUUGGUGUAGACGGCUUAUCACGUAGUGAUAGGCCUCUCCUCUCCCACCUUCGUUGGGCCCAUUUGAUGCAAGAAAUGGGAUCACAGCGGCAUAUGCUUGACAUUCGCAUCGAGUCGGAAAUCAACAAUCGCCAUUACUUGGAGUGGUCUGAGAAAAAUGCGGAACUUUCUCAUGGCAGAGGCAAAGUGGAGGAGAGAAGAGGGGUGCAUGCGGCCUUUCCUUCUGACGGUUGGUCGGUAGUAGAUUCUCUCACGUUGCACCAACCUAUGGUGCAGACACCGCCGCCCGCGACAAUGAUGAUGGAUGACGGACACUACUUCCACAAGCUUUGUAUCGACCCUUGGCUGCUGGAGCAACGCAGCUGUCCGAUGUGCAAGUUGGACAUCUUACAAGCUUACGACUUUCGACCGGAGAUAGACCGCUCUUGUCCUGCCUCAACCGGCAGUGAUUCGAGUACACCCCCUGCUGUUGCUUCCGUGGGUCCGACUUCGAGCCCGGCGUUAGCGAGUGCUGGUAUGGAGGAAGAGGGGUUGAUCGCUGUGACAAAUUCGGCUUGUGAUGAGGUGACUCCGGAAACUGUGAUCACCGCCUCGGUCUCAACUUCGUAUCAUGAUCUGGAGCGUCAAUCGCAGAUGAGUCCGCCUAACCGUAGGGAUUGGUUGAGGAGCCUCUUUCGGCCCCCCGCAGCUACCCCAUCCCACCAGCGCAGGAAUAGGAGGCUUUGUCUGAGAAAUUUAGAGACGGUGGUGGUGGGGGCGGAAUACCAUCAGUCACACCCGAGGGCUUGCCUACCGGCGGAGAGGUGUGACGAGGAAUCCCAACACGCCACCUCCACGACCGUUUCGUGA